AUGGUUGUUCCAGUUAUCCUACCAGAAUGUGGGGAGUGCAUAGAUUGCAUAUCAACCAAAAGCAAUCGUUGUACUGUUUUUCCUUUCAAGGUGUCUCCUUGGAUGCCUCGAGAUGGUACCACUAGAUUCAUUGACAAAAAUGGAGAGGUCAUAUACCAUUUCUUAUUUAUUUCAAGUUUUAGUGAGUACACCGUGGUGGACAUUGCCAAUAUUAUAAAGAUUGAUCCAAAAAUUCCUCCUGAUAGAGCAUGCCUUCUUGGAUGUGGUGUUUCAAUAGGUGCUGCUUGGAGAACUGCAAGUGUGGAACCAGGGUCUACAGUUGCUAUUUUUGGGUUAGGAUCUAUUGGAUUAGCAGUUACAGAGGGAGCAAGACUUUGUGGAGCAACUAGGAUUAUAGGUGUGGACAUCCACCCAAAAAAAUUUGAAAUUGGAAAAAGAUUUGGUGUGACAGACUUUAUCCAUGCCAAAGAAUGUGGGGACAAAUCAAUUAUCAUAGAGAUAACUGGUGGGGGAGCAUAUUAUUGCUUUGAAUGUGUUGGUAUGACAUCGAUGGUGCAUGAAGCAUAUGCUGCUUGCAGAAAGGGUUGGGGAAAAACAAUUGUUUUAGGAGUGGACAAGCCACAAGCCAAGAUAACAUUGAAUUCUAAUGAGGUCCUUCAUGAUGGGAAGAGCCUCAUGGGAUCCUUGUUUGGAGGUCUCAAACCCAAGUCUCAUGUACCUAUUCUCCUUAAACGUUACAUGGACAAGGAAUUGCACUUAGAAGAAUUUGUCACUCAUGAGGUGGAGUUUAAGGACAUCAACAAAGCUUUUGAUUUAUUGAGUAAAGGAGAGUGUCUUCGAUGUGUGAUUUGGAUGGAUAAAUGA